CAAGGUUGCUAUGACUAGAGCUGCUCUUUUGCCUUCCUCAAGACCAACUAUUGAGCUUUUCAGCAAAACCGAGAGAAACGACCCUACUGCCCUUUACGCUCACUUGUUGCCUUCUUUGUUACAAACUAGCUUGAUAAGCACAGGUGUUAGUCUCGUCAGCUCUGGCUUCCUCGCUCUCUUGCCUCCUGACAGCUACUUCGGUUUACCAGUCAGAUUUGCUAGUAUCGUCGUAAACCUCACCCAAUCGCUCGUCAUGGCUAGAUUAUGUGCUCAAUACGUUGGCAAGGAUGAAGAAACCGUCCAAAGCCAUACAAGGGUUGGUUUGAAUGCUUCAAAACAAUCGUCAAAGAAGAAGGAUGGUGGUUUGCCAGUUGGGUCACAAUCAACUCAGCUCUCGGUCUUGGUAUGGUUGAAGUGCUCACCCAGACCCAAGAAGCUGCUCAAUAAAGGAUUAAGGACGUGUAAUAGAAUAUAAAUACAACAAUAACUGAAUCUUCUCUCUAUAAGUAUUUUCUCGCCGAUUUCACGAGUUUGUCUUGAAAUCCUGGCGCUCUGAUAGCAUCGGUUGAGGUGUAGAAUGGAUUUAAGAGUGUCUUGAGAUACGCUUCCCAGCAUUCUUGGAAGAACAGGCGAAUGUUAUCGUCGUUCUUGACUUGAUGCAGCAAAACAAAUCGUGUACUAGAAGGCGUUACAAAAGCUGAAAUAGACCAUCCGUUGAACUUGUCGACGCAUUUGUGAUACAUAUUGUUCGAUUUACUCUGUACAUCCUCGAUGACGUCCAGCGAAGCAUGUGCAACUAGAUCCAUUACAUCUUGGUGGAAUUCGCCCCCCUGUUCGCCAUUCAUAGGCAAGCUCGUACGUCUGUUGUGUGUACCGACCAACGCAGAUAUCAUAUCGUUGAACGUCGGUGAUGCUGCGUUCGCUGGGCUACUAAGUGGUUCAGCGGAGGUCGUAAAGCGAGUGGAAGUGUAUGUAUCCUUAAAAAUCGGCGUAUCCUCGUGGUUAAG